AAUACAACUGAAAAUACCCUCUUCUUUCUUGUUCCUCUGCUUUCGGACUGCUCGACACGAACCCUUAUUAAUCUCAAAGAAAAGAGUUUGACCCUCCUAAACAUGUUGCAUAAAAAUAGCUCAAUUUUUGAGCUAACAAAUUUUUUUCUUUCAUUUUUUUGGAACAAUGUUUUUACAACCAAGAUUCAAUAAUGAGCUAAUGUAGGGACUUCAAUUUUGAUCCUCAUUUUUCUCUCUUCCCAUCAGAGUUUUUAUUCCAUUGAUGGGUUUGGGGGGGACAUGGGUUGUGUCAGCUCCAAGCAGGCCCGGGCCCAUUCCCCGCCACCACGACGAAACAAUUCCUCUGUUGUAACAACAACAACAACAAAUGCUGUUAUUAAUGGCGAAAGUACGGACCAUCCCAAUGUGCACCACAAAAUCAAGAAUGGAUCAUUUGCGCCUUUGGAGAAGAUUAAAGAGGAGCCUGAGAAGGAGAAGAAUGCGGAAUCUUUAAUUCGACGAAGCAACUCGAAUUCGAGGGGUUCAAAGAAAGGGAGUUCUGAGAAGAAGGCUAAUUUUAGUAUCAAAUUUGGAAGGCUAACAGAAGGAGAACAUUUGGCUGCAGGUUGGCCUGUUUGGCUAACCGCGGUCACGUCUGAAGCUAUUGAGGGAUGGAUGCCCCUUAGAUCAGACGCGUUCCAGAGAUUAGAAAAGAUUGGACAAGGGACAUACAGCAGUGUUUAUCGUGCACGUGAUGUUGAAACUGGUAAAAUGGUUGCCCUGAAGAAGGUGAAAUUUGACAAUUUCCAGCCAGACAGCGUCAGAUUUAUGGCUCGAGAAGUAACAAUUCUCCGCAAACUUGACCAUCCAAAUAUCAUGAAGCUAAUCGGAAUAGUCACUUCUCGGUUAUCGUGUUGCAUAUACCUAGUUUUUGAAUACAUGGAACAUGACCUCUCUGGACUCUUGUCAUGUCCUGACAUCAAGUUCACUGAUUCACAGAUUAAAUGCUAUAUGCGGCAGCUGCUGAGUGGACUAGAGCAUUGUCAUUCCCGAGGUAUAAUGCACCGGGAUAUUAAAGCAUCCAAUGUUUUGGUAAACAAUGAAGGAGUUCUAAAGAUAGCAGAUUUUGGUCUUGCAAAUUUCCUUAGUGCUAGGCACAAGCAACCACUAACAAGCCGUGUGGUGACUUUAUGGUAUCGACCUCCUGAACUUCUCUUGGGAUCAACAAGCUAUGGGCUAACGGUGGAUUUGUGGAGUGCUGGUUGUGUUUUUGCAGAACUUUUUUUUGGGAAACCUCUCCUGAAAGGGAGGACUGAGGUUGAACAAUUGCAUAAAAUCUUCAAACUCUGUGGUUCACCAUCUGAUGAUUUCUGGAAAAAGUCUAAACUUCCACUAGCAACUAUUUUUAAACCCCAACAUCCUUAUGAGAGUGCACUUCGAGAUAGAUGUAAAGAAUUACCAAAAACUGCUGUCAACCUUAUAGAAACACUCCUUUCAAUUGAUCCUCUUAAACGUGGAACUGCUUCAUCUGCUCUUGAUUCUGAGUAUUUCAAUACAAAGCCUUACGCUUGUGACCCGUCAAGCUUGCCUAAAUACCCACCAAACAAGGAAAUUGAUGCAAAGUUCCGAGAAGAAGCACGGAGAAAGAGGGCCAGUUCCACAGUGAGAGCAUCUGGAGCUUCAAGAAAUUCAAGAAAGGUGCAAAAACCUCAUCAAGAAUCGAGCAACUUCGGAAUAGUGGUCUCAACAGAGGAAGCUGAAGCCAAUACUCAUAAUGGUCGUAGAAACAAUGUUGGUAGUGGCCAUAUAUCUAAAGGAAAAGGAGCUACCGUGGCACGCAUAUCGAUGAAAUCAUCUAAUUAUGAUACAGUGUCGGAGGCUUCUCAGACGACCGAAGAAUCUCAAGGGGAAAGCAUCCGAUCUGUCCCUGCGCAAAUGACAGCUUCAAGUGGCAAUGCAUGGGCCAAAAAGAGAAGGCAAGAUUCUGCAGGAACAAGACCACCCCAUCGGCAGGCUAAAUCAAGAAGUCAAAAGUUGAUUGCAUUUGACCCUUCCAGUAUACUGCAAGCUACCGAUAACGUGGAUUUAAACAUGCCAGAUAAUAAUGACUUUUCGAGCAGGAUCAACACUGAAGCCAGAGGCCGCAACAAUGAUGCAAAGCAUUGUAUUGGCAGGCAACACACUCAUCAUCAUGAGCAACGAGAUUCUUUUGGCUCACCUGAUAUACACCAAUCUCAGGAGUUGUCAGAGGACUACAAUGGCCGACAAAGAAGGGUUGCGUUCUCAGGACCAUUGAUACAUCAGAGGAGUGAUGCAAAGCAGGAUAACCAAACGUACCAAGAUGGUCGCAGAUCUCGGUUUUAUAAAGAUUUAUAAUGAAAAUGAGCUGGAAGUGCAUCCUGCAUCCCUCAGCCAGUGAAGUGACUCUCGAAAAACGAUAUCUUCUUGAGGAUUUUUGUUGGUCGAGAAAAAAUCAAAGUCGGUUAAGAAAUGUGUCAUUUUCAAUUCAUUUUUGCCCUGGCUACUCCACUUACGAAGGUCUUGGACUCUGUGAACUCUGAUCCUUGCAAAUCAUUUGAGAAUUAGUGAAAAAAUCGUGCAGAUGAAGAUACUUACUGCUGCACGACAUAGUUUUUUUUUACCGAAAUAUGAUGGAAUCGCCAGAAUAUUUGAUGCUGAAAUUCCAAAAGUGGUUGGCGGAAUUGGAAUUUGAUAACAUGCUGCAGAAUUGGAAUUUUAUAACAUGCUGCAGAAUUGCAACAUGUAUCCCAAGUACCAUUAGAAACAUGACUUUUUUUUUUCUUCCAUUUAUUGAUUAGUGUCUAGGCUUCCCUCAAUUGUAAAUGGAAAAUAUGUAUACACACAUAUAUACCUUUAGUUGACAUGUUUAUACUACAAAUUUGACCAUCCUUCGUGUCUUUGAUCAUUUAUGUCUAUAUAUGUAUUCGGCUUCAAUUGAAGAUUGUUGAAAGAGGAUAGGACAGAGAUAUAACAUCUGCCGUCACAAACCAAAUGGGCUACUUUGAUCUACAAAGGUUACAACUUGGUAAAAGAAUUUGCCAUCAC